GCGGUGGCGGCGGCGGCAUGGGCGCGGCGGUGCAGGUGUGGCACCCGCCCGGAUUGCCCCAGUGCUAGCCACAGCUGCCAGGCGGACGCUCGCUGCUUGGAUGCCAUCCGGCUUGCUGCGCAUUGCCAUCCAGGGCAUAACCUUCAGUAGCAGAACCAGUCAUCAUAGUGACCUGCCAAGUGCUGCCUGCACCUUGUCAGGAGAGCAGCUAGACCCAUUCUUAAUCAGCACCUCCCUGCACAAGCCUCUGGGUCAGAAGAGGAAACCAGGCCAGAGUUUGAGACUUUCCAAAGACUUCUACCAGACAUUGAUACUUAGGUUGUCUUUGAAGGAAUCUGGGGGAUUGGAGACACAAAGAAAAUAGGUGUGAUUUUCACUGAAGUCACAUGAACACAGUCACCAUUUCAACCAUAUAAUGGAUGAUGGUUAUUGAAACAGCACAAACAUCUACCACAGAGCAAAAGAUAUAGAGAGGCAACCAGGCAAUCCCGGAACCCAGGAAUGGAUGACUACAAGUAUCGGGACAGCUAUGAGGGUUAUGGCCACAGUGAUGGCUAUUACCGGGGCAAUGAGUCCAACCCAGAAGAAGAUGCACAGAGUGAUGUCACAGAAGGCCACGAUGAGGAGGAUGAGAUCUAUGAGGGCGAGUACCAGGGCAUCCCUCAUCCAGAUGAUGUCAAGGUCAAGCAGACCAAGAUGGCACCCUCGAGGGCAGAUGGCCUUCGGGGCCAGGCUGACCUGAUGGCUGAGAGGAUGGAAGAUGAGGAACAAUUGGCCCACCAGUAUGAGACCAUCAUUGAUGAGUGUGGCCACGGGCGCUUCCAGUGGACUCUCUUUUUUGUCCUGGGUUUGGCGCUGAUGGCUGAUGGAGUGGAAGUGUUUGUGGUGAGCUUUGCCCUGCCCAGUGCAGAGAAAGACAUGUGUCUAUCCAGUUCCAAGAAAGGAAUGCUUGGGCUGAUAGUCUACCUAGGAAUGAUGGCAGGAGCCUUCAUCCUGGGUGGCCUGGCCGAUAAGCUGGGAAGGAAGAAAGUCCUCAGCAUGUCCUUGGCCAUCAAUGCCUCCUUUGCCUCCCUUUCCUCCUUCGUGCAGGGAUAUGGAGCCUUCCUCUUCUGCAGGCUCAUCUCAGGCAUAGGUAUUGGGGGUUCCCUGCCAAUUGUUUUUGCCUAUUUUUCUGAGUUCUUAUCACGAGAGAAACGAGGUGAACACCUUAGCUGGCUGGGCAUCUUCUGGAUGACUGGGGGCAUCUACGCAUCUGCUAUGGCCUGGAGCAUCAUUCCACACUACGGUUGGGGCUUCAGCAUGGGGACCAAUUACCACUUCCACAGCUGGAGAGUGUUUGUCAUCGUCUGUGCUCUGCCCUGCACCGUGUCCAUGGUGGCACUGAAGUUCAUGCCAGAAAGCCCCAGGUUUCUGCUAGAGAUGGGAAAACAUGAUGAAGCCUGGAUGAUUCUCAAGCAAGUCCAUGACACCAACAUGAGGGCUAAGGGGGCUCCCGAGAAGGUGUUUACGGUUUCCCACAUCAAAACUCCCAAGCAAAUGGAUGAAUUCAUUGAGAUCCAAAGUUCAACAGGAACUUGGUACCAGCGCUGGCUGGUCAGGUUCAUGACCACUUUCAAACAGGUCUGGGAUAAUGCUCUGUACUGUGUUAUGGGGCCGUACAGGAUGAACACCCUGAUUCUGGCUGUUGUCUGGUUCACCAUGGCUUUAAGUUACUAUGGCCUGACUGUGUGGUUCCCUGAUAUGAUCCGGUAUUUCCAGGAUGAAGAAUACAAGUCUAAAAUGAAGGUGUUUUUUGGUGAGCAUGUGCAUGGCGCCACCAUCAACUUCACAAUGGAGAACCAGAUUCACCAACAUGGGAAGCUUGUAAAUGAUAAGUUCAUAAAGAUGUACUUUAAACAUGUCCUCUUUGAAGAUACAUUCUUUGACAAAUGCCAUUUUGAAGAUGUUACAUCUACUGACACUUAUUUCAAGAAUUGCACCAUUGAAUCCACCAUCUUCUAUAACACAGACCUCUACAAGCACAAGUUCAUCGACUGCCGCUUUAUCAACUCCACUUUUCUGGAGCAGAAGGAGGGCUGUCACAUGGACUUUGAGGAAGACAAUGACUUUCUGAUUUACCUUGUCAGCUUUCUGGGUAGCCUGUCAGUCUUGCCUGGGAACAUAAUCUCUGCCCUGCUCAUGGACAGAAUUGGAAGACUCAAGAUGAUUGGGGGCUCCAUGCUCAUCUCUGCAGUCUGCUGCUUCUUCCUGUUCUUUGGCAACAGUGAGUCUGCCAUGAUCGGCUGGCAAUGCCUGUUCUGUGGGACUAGCAUUGCAGCCUGGAAUGCUCUGGAUGUGAUCACAGUGGAGCUGUACCCCACCAACCAGAGGGCCACAGCCUUUGGCAUCCUCAAUGGAUUAUGCAAAUUCGGUGCCAUCCUGGGAAACACUAUCUUUGCUUCUUUUGUUGGGAUAACCAAAGUGGUCCCCAUCCUUCUGGCUGCUGCUUCUCUGGUUGGGGGUGGCCUGAUUGCCCUUCGACUGCCGGAGACCCGAGAGCAGGUCCUGAUGUGAACAACCUACUGGGAUGGAAAGAUGGAAAAGAUCUUGUUCAGGAUACUCCAGUGCAGCCACACCUGCCUCUUGUUGUCCACAGGACACCUUGGACAGUGCAGCUGGAGCGGUUGACUUUGUGAUCCCUAGUUUAGGACCCACUUCAUCUGUCAAUACAUUUGUAACUCAGGUGACUGAUUUGGGGGUGCCCUGAGCUACCCUUAGGAUCCCAGAGCUGUGUGCUUGGCUUCAGGCUUCCCGACCUGAGGCAGUGGGGAGGACCCUCCAGUGAUUGUAUACACUAAGUGAGGAGUGUGCACUUUCCUAAAUGCAGCGCAAGGAAUUGCUUGCAUUUCAGAAUGAAUUUGAGGACAAGAAGCAUUCAGGCUCUUCCAUGUAGCUCCUAUGAACCCAGUGACCAAACACAUUGACUUGGUUGGAAGUUGGGGUCAUCACAUGAAUACUGGGCCUGAACAACAGUAUAUAUAUAAAUUUUGAAAGUAUCACACCUAUUAUUUUUUCCAUUUGAAAAUUGGCACAGUGGUAUUGAAGAUACUCUGAUAUAUAAAAACCAAAUAUUUAGGCAAAAUCUAUAUAGACUGGCUUUUCUCCUUAAGUGUCCUCAUUUUCCAUGAUGAAGAAGUGAUACAUUUAAGAAUUAUAUUUAUUCUUCUUUCACUCUAAUCAAAGAAACUUAAUGAUAGGUAUUCUGUAAACUAAGUUUGUAUAUAACUGUUUUGUGAUUUUAUUUCCAUAAAUGGUAGCUGCUAAUAUUGCUAGCAUUUUAGCCAUAUUUGGGGAGGGCUUGGAAUUUGAGGUCCCAGGAAACUGGGUGCAGUUGAAAGGCAUGCAAGCACAAUUUCUUAUAGCCAUUUAACUUGCUGUAGGGAAGAUACACUUAGCAAGCCAUACGCAGGUUCCUUCACCCAGGAACUUUUCUCAUGUUAGUACAACAGUUCCUUUACUCUCCUACACAGAUCUCGUGUGAGGUCCCAGUCAAUGGGUUUCAGUAUUGGCCAUUUGAUUUUGCUAUUCACUUAAAAACAACAGGAGAAGCCUUCUGUGGCUUCUGGCACUUUCUUUAUACAGAAUAAAAUAACAGAGGAGACUUAUGGGAUAGGGAAGCCUAACCCUAAUUAGUUCUUCAAAGUGUAAGUUCUUCCUCAUAGAUUUAACAGGAAAACAUAAUGCACAUUCAUUUUGAUGGUCAAGACCCAUGAGACAUCUAUGCUGUAUGUAUUGGUUCAGGGCUGUUGAAACAGGCUGUUGGCAUGGAAGUUAGAGAAUAUGAUGGGUGUUGAGUAUGUCUUUCUUCAGUGAUCUAAGAAAGCUCUUUCCAGAAAUCCAGUUUGCAACAUGAAUGUGGAAGUGGAUAGGGUGUGGAAGCUGGGACAAACUGCUCUGGCAGGGGUUGGUAAUAGUCUGAAGUCUUGACUUCAUGGAGAAGAAGCAAUAUUUUGUCCAUCAGGACUCUCCUACAAUUCAAGGGGCUGAGAACUGAGUUUCUCCUGUUGGAGUUGGACUUUCCUGGGUCAGAUGAACAUCAAUCUCUAAGAUUAUUUGUAGCACAUGCAGGAGCUGUAAAGUGCUAAACUUUACCUAUUUGAAAUCCUCUGAACUUUAGGCUGAUGGCUACAUCAAGUGCUUUCUUGGUUUUGGAGAAAUGCUCAGGCAAUCUUUUUGUAAUUCUCUGGAGUAUAGGUCAGCGGGGUAAAGAGUAAAUUUUAUGAGACCUUCCUAUGCGCAAUUCUGGCUACAAUGUCUGCUGCUCUGCUUCUCUGGUCCCCAUGUCUUUAUUCAUGCCACCUAUUUUCUGUGCAGGGAAGGAAGAUGCAUCAACUUUGGUGUGACAUCCUGAUUCCCCUGAUUAUAAAUAUAUAAACAUACCACUAUGUAUUAAUGCUUCUCUUGGUGUUUCACAGGCAUUAACUAACAUAAUGCUGUAUUGAUAAUGAGAGACUAUGUAAUAUAGUUGUAACAUACUUUCCCAUUUUCUUGGGCUGUGGAAUGCAUCAGCUAGGAUCAUGAGAGAACUGUAUAAACCUGUGAUUACCGUAUCCCUCAUAACAUUAUUCUUUAAUGGGAUAGUACAAUUCAGCUACCACUUAAGAAAUUUAUAAGACAGUUAGAGCCUACAUUUCCAGCUUGAUGGAUCUUGCAAAUGUAAAAUCUGAUUAAGUUUUGAGUGUAGGAUGGCUGCAAUAAUUUGCAAGUUAACUCUACUUGUGUUUUAAGUGCUGACUUCUGUAUUACCUUAUGGCUCUUUAAACCAACAACCUAACCAACCAAGGGAAAUUCCCAUUUCAUUCAUCACACGGACUAUGUCAAGGAUGCAGCCAUGGUCCGCAACCUCUCUCAUGAAGGAUUAUCUGGCCCUGGUACCUGGCCACUUUGUAACUGCUGCCACUCCUGCUGAGAUAAAAUUUGGCUUUAAAAAUAGGCUCUAAAGCAGCUCACUGGGAGAUAAUGUACAACAUUCCUAGCCAUCCAUUUCUUUUCAUUUCUUUUUCUGUCCUGAGACACAUCCAGUGACAUCCAUAGAGGGCUACAGGGCAGAAACAUUCUCUCACUGAGCGAAUCUGCUCACAGUUCAUGAUGUAUUUUAUGAUGCCCAGUUUGGAAGUAGUUACUUUCAAUAGUCUCUACUAUGUUGUGUUAUCUCUUGAUCUUUUUGAUAAUUUGUGUUAUCUCUUGAUUACUUUUGAUCUUUUGUUUUAUUAAAAGUAAUUAGUGGAUGAGACAUCGUAUUUCUGAAGUUUGUAGUACAUUGACUUGAAGUCAUGUAAAAAAACCUCCAUUUCUAGGAUUCUCUGGCACCUUAUAUUAGUUCAUGAUGAAAACAAUAAAAAAUAACUGUAAGUGAAUCUUUAAGAACUGAGGUUAGAGAUUAUUUUCAGGCACCAACAUCUCUUCUGCAUUUCUAAGUCGAUGGAAUCAUCUUACAACCUAGUUUUUUUCAUAUGGGACUUUGAGUGCUUGACUGAUGUAACCCAGACCACGUGUAGUACUAGGACUGGGCAGCAAAGCCUAGGGCGAUGUUCUCUCUGUAUUUCUGGACUAACCCUUCGGUUUCCGAUACCGAAGUACUUCUGAACCCUCCAUAAAGUCUUUGUGGAAUGGGACAACGUAA